AUGAGUAUGACACAAGUGCAUUCUGUCCCUAGAGAAACCACCGUACCAUCUCAAGCGCCUGCAAUUACAUACAGCAUCACUCAACACUACCACCACUCGGCCCACAGUAUCGCCCGGCCCACAGAGCAGCCUUCAAGCAUUGACAUUUUGAGACAUCACGGUCUUGAUGCAAGUGCCCUUACUCCUGAUCAGCUUGUGCUCUUCCAGAAUGCCGAUGCAGAACAGAGAGAACGGUUGAUUCAAACAUGGCAGCUCUACUCGCAGUUUGGAAAUGAAGCCAAUGUUCCUGCUGGGGACUUUGCUAUGCAUGAUUCUGCCAUGGACGACAGUCCAGAUGGAAAUGCCUAUGCCGACGCUGAACCAUACAUGGUCUCUGGCUAUGAAAAUAUUGCCAAUCAAGCCUCUCAUCUCCCGAAAGAGCCCACCACUGGUGAAACCUAUGUUGGCUCAAAGGACCCGGUAUAUCAAGGUCAGCAAUGGUGGGAGCUGACAAAAGCUGGUCCGAUGGAAUCAACCUACGGCGCAUUUGAAGAGAUGAGACGAUAUUACCCUAGCUGCGGUGUAUACCACAAUUAG